AUGCGGUACUUUGAGAAUCCUUAUGAUGAUUAUAAAGGAGGUGAAGCUGCAAUUGAUAAGGACAAGAUAUUCCAACUAAUCGAGAAGUAUGUUAAUCAAAUAUUACACAAUAAAAACUAUAAAGACGGAGAUGUUUGGCUUUAUAUUGGAACAUCAGGAUUAGCUUACAUGUUUCUAAAACUACACCAAUCAGAAGCCUCAAAAGUAUUUCCUGAUUCUUUACAACAUGCAAGAGUAUAUAUUGAGCACGCAAAAAAGUAUAUAUCCAGAAAGGAACAAGAUAAGGCUAGCUUUUUGUGUGGUAAUGCGGGAAUUUAUGCAGUAUCAUCGAUUAUAAAUUAUGAGAUGAAAAACUUUUGUGGAUUUAAUGACGAUAAAAAGCAAUUCUUGGCAGGUUCCCAAAUCUGCAAAAGAAUUGUUUAUAAUAGCUAUGGAUCUGAUGAAAUCCUAUUUGGACGUGCUGGAUAUUUAAGUGGCAUUUAUUGGAUCAACCAAAAUGCACAAAAUCCAGAAGGAAUUAAUGACAUUAUUACUGAAAUAUGUAAUAUCAUGAUCGAAUCUGGAUAUGAUUAUUCUAAUCGAAAUGAGUUGAGCUUUCCACUUAUGUACGAGUGCUAUGGAGAUAGAUAUUUGGGAGCAGCUCAUGGAAUAUGUGCAAUACUUCAUAUGCUUCUUGAAUCGCCAUUAUUUGAUGGAAGCUUAGAGCAACUUGAUAAUACCCAAAAAAGUAUUAAAACUUGCGUAGACAUGUAUCUUGAAACGCAAUCUCAAGACGGUAAUUUCCCUUGUGUCAUCGAAGAUGCUGGAAAGGAUGAACAUACGCUUGUUCAUUGGUGUCAUGGAGGUCCAGGUUCCAUAUAUCUUUUCGGCAAAGCCUACCUCAUUUUUAAAGACGAGAAAUAUUUAGAUGCUGCCAUUAAAAUUGGAGAGUUGGUUUGGGAAAAGGGAUUACUUAAAAAAGGUCCUGGAAUUUGUCAUGGAGUUGCUGGUAACGGAUAUGUCUUUCUCAUACUUUAUAGACUCACAAAUGAUCAGAAAUAUUUGUAUCGUGCCAAUUGCUUUGCUGAUUUUUUAACAAAUGAAAUAUUUGUCAAACAUGCUCGUAAUCCUGAUCAUCCACUGAGUUUGUAUGAAGGAGUUGCUGGAGCUGUAUGCUACUUGUUAGAUCUUUUGGAACCUCAAAAAGCUUCUUUCCCAUUUAUGGACAUUUUUGAACGAAAGUAUUAA